AUGUUGGUGUGUGUGGGGGUGGUGGGUGGUUGGUGGGUGGUUGGGGCGUGGUGGGGUGGUAGGGGGGUGGUAGGGGCGUGGUGGGGUGGUAGGGGGGUGGUAGGGGCGUGGUGUGGUGGUAGGGGGGUGGUAGGGGCGUGGUGGGGUGGUAGGGGCGUGGUGGGGGUGGCGGGGGGUGGUGGGGUGGUAGGGCCGUGGUGGGGGUGGCGGGGGGUGGUAGGGGCGUGGUGGGGGUGGUAG